AUGGAAGACAAGAAGAAGGCCACCGCCAUCGCCAACGAUCCCAGGAAGGUCUUUGGCCGCAGUCCCGACCAGCACAUCCUGAACGUGGUCAGAGAGUCCUGCCAAGAAGCUUUCAACCUCCCCUCUUUCGAAACAACCCUCCAAACCAUCAAAUCCCACUUCUUUGACCGGAACUAUGAUGCAGUCUUCCAGAACCCCGAACAUUUACCCGUCUACAGUGCACGAUAUGCUCCUAGUCGCGCGCUCUGCUAUUACCAUUUGUUUAUGGCACAUCCGAUCCUGAUGAAGACUCUUGAGGGGCCUUCGACGAUUUUAUGUAUUGGUUCGGGCGCUGGGAGUGAAUUGGUGGGUAUUUCGGCGGCGAUGGUGCAUGCCAAUCCUGUGGUUAAGGUUAAGAAGGUCAAGAAGGUGUCGACCAAGGCCGGAAAGGGAGAGGCGGAGGAGAUGGCCAAGGAUACCAAGGAUACCAAGGACACCAAUGGCGCUGAAGAGACCACUACUACGCUCGGGAUGGAGAACCUUGCCGUUUCAGUAGAGUCAACACAGGAUCCAUCAUCACCUACAGAAGCGUCAGAAAUUACUCCAGUACCAACAACAACAAAAACGAAGGCUAAGAAGCCAAAAGUCAAUAAGCACCAGGUCACAAUCGUUAUGCAAGACUACGUCAACUGGUCGCCGAUCUUGGAACCCAUGGAGGCCGUGGUCCGAUCAAGGAUGGUCCUGGGCCCUGAACGCCUGCAGUGUGAGACCGAGGUCGGCAAUGUGCUGGAUCUGUCCGAGGGGCUGUUGGAAAGAGUGGCCAAAGCGGAUCUGAUCACGUUCAUGUUUGUGUUGAACGAGCUGUUCCAGGACAAGAAGCGGACCAUGCUCUUGGUCGCUAAGAUCGUCGCCGCCAUGCCCUCUGGCGCCCAUAUGCUCGUGGUGGAUAGUGCAGGAUCGUUCUCGAACUUGAAAGUGGGAGAGCGGACAUACAUGGUGUACAUGCUACUGGACCACCUCAAGAGUCUCGAGGUUGUGUACCAGGACGAUUCCACCUGGUACCGGUGUCCGCCCAGUCUCACCUACCCUCUCAAACUCGAGAACAUGCGCCACUUUGUCCGUAUCUACAAGAAGCUCUAA